UUGCUUUCUUACCUUCUCUUCGACGUCGACAUGAAGCUCAAUACAAUUUCGGUGAUCCGGAAGUCAGAAAUUUGUGUGAUCCCGAGGCGCAACUUCGACAAAUACACGGCAACGGCCUUCUCAACGCUGACCUUCUUGUCUCGCCCUCGAGAUGGGCACAACGAUCUGGCUCGCCGUUGGCAUAGUGCUUGCCAUCAUACUAUAUAUUCGAGCCAACGAUUCAAAGCUAGGUCGACUGCCUUCCGCAGCCACUGCCUUCUCUGCGAAGCGAUGGAUUGCGGGCGACGUACAACGCACUGUGGACAGACUCGCAGACUCGCCGCCUUCUCUGCUCAGUGACAAGCUACCACCGAAGACAGGCAGAAGGUAUAUCGUAACUGGAGGGGCAGGUUUCCUCGGCGGAUGGAUUGUCUUGCAUCUGCUGGCUCGCGGUGAAGACCCUCGUCGUAUCAGAGUCAUCGACAUCCGCUCGCCUAUCCGUCAGGACCUCAUGGAAGGCACUGCGAAGGAUGUGGACUUCAUGCAGGUGGACGUAUCAGACGCAGAGGCAGUCGACGCUGCGUUUAGCAAGCCGUGGCCACCUGUUCCUUCUGAUGUACCCGGCGAGCCUGAGCCCGAGGUCACUAUCUUCCAUACUGCUGCCACCAUCCGCUUCUUCGAACGCAUGAGAUCACUGCUGCGAUACUCCGAGGAAGUCAAUGUCAAGGGCACGCAGAACAUCCUGGAUGCCGCCCGCCGCAUCGGCGCGUCGAUACUCGUCUACACUUCCUCGGGUUCUAUCUCCGUACGAAACACGCGUUUCUGCCUAUGGCCUUGGGAGAGGGAGCCAAAGUACUUCGUGCAACCCAUCAACGACGAUGACAACCUCAUUCCGACGCGACAUGACGACUAUUUCUCGAACUACGCGGUCUCAAAACACAUGGGCGAACGCCUCGUACGUGCAGCCGACAACACACCAUCCGGCGGCCGCGUGCUGAGGACGGGGUGCAUCCGUCCGGGCAAUGGCAUCUACGGGCCCGGCGGCGACUUGCUCGUGGGGCUAUACCUGGUGAAGAAGCUGAACCUGACAUGGAUCGCGAACAUCAUGCAGUCAUUCGUAUUCGUUGAGAACUGCUCGCUUGCACAUCUGUGUUACGAGCAGCGCCUCCUCGAGCUGCAGCGUGGGAGUACGAAUCCGGACAUCGGCGGGCAGGCGUUCUGCGUCGCAGAUGCGGGACCGCCGCCCACUUUCGGGGAGGUAUACGAGGCGCUCACGCUCGCGAGCAAAGGUGAGGCGAUCUUCAAGCACUUGUCAUGCACGACAAUGCUUGCGUUGGCACACGCAGUGGAGGCCUACUACCUCCUGCGCCAUUUCCUCUCCCAGUCGUCCUUUGCACCUCUCGCGCACCUAGUACCCGCGCUCAGCGGCGACAUCGUCUUUCUGCAGCCAUCAAUGUUCUCGCUGACGGUCGUGCAUUUGAUCUUUGACGACUCGCGAGCACGUGCGCCGCCAGAGAAAGGCGGGCUGGGCUACGACGGCAGUAUCACGACCAUGGAAGGCGUAUGCAAGGUAGCGAUCGAGCACAGGAAGGGCGACGGGAAAGGCUGGCAGCGGGUGGUCGCGGGUCACAAGGAGGUCGGACAUGGAUUUGGGCUCGCCAGGGCAGAGAAGGGUGUGGAGGAGAUCAUCGAAAAAGUAGGGAACGGUGUCGGAGUGAGUGCUACCAAG